CUUUCCCAACACGGCUAAUUCCAUGACUCCAUGCUUCUACGGUUCUACGCUGGAGCCGCCGCUGCCCCGAGAGCGGCUCGAGCCGAGGGCACUAGGACCGCGCACGGGGAAGGGGCCGUGGCCGGGGCGGCAGGAGGCGGGGCGGCGCAGGCGCGGGGCGGCGGGGCCAUGUCGCGGUUCGGGGUCGAGGGUCUGGAGGCCGCGGAGGCGCGGGCGCGGUCCCGGCAGCAGGAGCGGCACUACCGGCUGCUCUCUGAGCUGCAGACGCUGGUGAAGGCGCUGCCCAGCCCCUGUCAGCAGCGCCUCUCCUACACGACGCUGAGUGACCUGGCGCUGGCGCUACUGGACGGGACCGUGUUCGAGAUCGUGCAGGGGCUGCUGGAGAUCCAGCACCUCACCGAGAAGAACCUCUACAGCCAGCGGCUGCAGCUGCACAGCGAGCACCGCGGGAUGAAGCAGGAGCUCUUCCACCGGCACAAGGAGGCGCAGCAGUGCUGCAGGCCCCACAACCUGCCGCUGCUCCGCGCUGCCCAGCAGCAGGAGAUGGAGGCUGUGGAGCAACGAAUUCGAGAGGAACAACGAAUGAUGGAUGAGAAGAUAGUCCUGGAACUGGACCAAAAAGUGAUAGACCAGCAGAGCACUCUGGAGAAGGCUGGCGUGUCUGGCUUCUACAUCACCACCAACCCACAGGAGCUGACUUUACAGAUGAAUUUACUGGAGCUGAUUCGGAAGCUACAGCAGAAGGAAUCCGAGUCUGAGAAGGCUUUUUCCUGAACGAGCAAAUCUGCUGGUUUCUUCCUGGAGUUUUCUUCUGAUUUCCCUCUAAUGAAUAGACUGUUCAUGCAUUUGCUUUAUGUCGUGUCAGGAAAUCCUGCUUGGAUUUGAGGAGCAGGUGUCUCUGGUAAGGAAUGGGAGAGGUGAGGAGCUGGAGGUGGACUCACCUUCCACAGGGAUGGUUGGCAGCUGGGAAAAAAGUCCCAAGUUUCUCUCCAACAAGAUGGUGCUAUGUGUGUUGAGGCACAAACAGCCUCUUAAACAGGCUCUUCCGGAGAGACUCUGAGCAGGUACCAGCACCAGGGGAGGAUUUCGGGAUUCUGCCCCACAUUACUGGGCUGUGUUUGCAGUGUCCCACUCAGCUCAGGUAGCAGAGACAUCUUGAGGGCUUUUCUUUCUCCUUAAACCAGUUUCCAAAUGCAGAGAAAUAAAAUCAUUCUGUCCUGCCUCGGGGGCUGCAGAUUUCCCACUGUC